UCUCAUUCUUCUCCAUUCCUUUCCUCUCUGUCUUUAAAUUCUGUCAUUUUUAGAUACAUAAGAUGGCACAGUUACCUCCCAAAAUCCCAAACCUGACACCCAAUUGGCCUAAUUUCUCACACCUAAGUUUACCUUCCAUGGGUAGCUUGAUGCCCACCACCACCAUCACCACCGCCACCGCAGUCGCCGCCGUCCAACAACAACCACAGCCUUCAUGGGUGGACGAAUUCGUGGAUUUCUCGUCGGCGAAACGCGGCGCUCACCGGAGAUCGGCAAGUGACUCGAUUGCAUUCCUUGAAGCACCUUUAGUUGAAGAAUGCAGGAGAUCUGCAGCUUCAUUAAGGCCUAACAAUAUUAAUGAUCAAUUCGAUAGAUUGGAUGAUGAGCAACUCAUGUCUAUGUUCUCCGACGACAUCUCAUCAGCUAAUCUACAUCCAACGGUAUCAUCUUCCAAUCCUUCCACACCGUCCGAUCACAAUAGCUUUAACGAUGACAAGCCUACACCAUCCGAUCAGAACUUAAAGAAUGAAUCUUCUGAAGUCCAGAGCUCUUGCAAUAAUGCUGACGAUCCUCCUCCCACUUCUGCUAAUGGUGAUCCCAUCGUUGAUCCUAGACGUGUCAAGAGGAUACUGGCCAACCGGCAAUCUGCGCAGAGGUCACGAGUGAGAAAGCUGCAAUACAUUUCGGAGCUUGAACGUAGCGUUACAUCGUUACAAACGGAGGUAUCAGCAUUGUCACCCAGAGUUGCAUUUCUUGAUCAUCAGAGGUUGGUGCUUAAUGUCGAUAAUAGCACUCUUAAGCAAAGAAUCGCAGCUCUUGCUCAAGAUAAGAUAUUCAAAGAUGCUCACCAAGAAGCACUAAGGAAGGAGAUAGAGAGAUUAAGGCAUGUGUACCAACAGCAAAACCUUAAGAAGAUGAACCACAACAACAACAACACAACAGAUACCCACGCUGGUACUGACAAGGAACACCCAAUGAAUUGA